AUGGAUAAUAUUACGGAGCAACGCGCGUGUAUUAAAUUUUGUUUCAAAAUUGGUAAAAAUGCUACGGAAACUUUUGAACUGAUUAAAUUGGCUUUUGGAGAUGUUUCACUAAGCCGCUGUGUAACUUUUGACUGGUUCAAACGUUUUAAAAAAGGUCGGAUAUCCAUUGAAGAUGAUCAUCGUCCUGGGCGUCCAUCAUCAUCAAAAACAAAUGAUACCAUUGAUCUUGUUCGAAACAAAAUUAGAAACGACCGAAGAUUAACUGUUAGAGAAGUAGCCAAUGAAGUUGGUAUAUUAAUUGGCACUUGUCAUUCAAUUUUAUCAGAUGAAUUGGGUAUGAAGAGUGUCCGCAAAAUUAGUACCAAAAUUGUUAACGGAGGAGCUAAUGGAACAUCGCAUUGA